UCUGUCCUCUAGGUACCUUUAAAACAAGGCAGGAGUCUUAUGGAUUGGAUCCGACUGACCAAGAGUGGGAAGGACUUAACAGGAUUGAAGGGAGGGUUAAUUGAAGUAACUGAAGAAGAGCUUAGGAAGCACAACAAGAAAGAAGACUGUUGGAUAUGCAUAAGAGGGUUUGUUUACAAUGUCAGCCCAUAUAUGGAGUAUCAUCCUGGUGGAGAGGAUGAACUUAUGAGAGCCGCAGGAGCGGAUGGAACAGAUCUUUUUAAUGAGGUUCAUCGUUGGGUCAAUUAUGAAUCCAUGCUGAAAGAAUGUCUGGUUGGCAGGAUGGCUGUGAAGCCUGCUGUUCCAAAAGACUGUCAUGAAGGAAAGAGAGUCUUAAAUGGCAUGCUUCCCAAGAGCCAAGUGACAGACACACUGCCCAGGGAAGUGACAGACACACUGCCCAGGAAUGUGACAGACACACUGCCCAGGGAAGGCCCCAGUUCUCCAAGCUAUGAUUGGUUCCAAACAGAGUCUUCAGUCACCAUUGUUGUGUACACCAAACAAAAGAAUAUCAAUUUAGACUCAGUAAUCGUUGACCUCCAGGAUGACUCCUUGAGAGCAGAAGCAGUCGUCAAGGAUCAUUCUUACCUUAUACAUAUUGGGCUAAGCCAUAAAGUUCAAGAAAAUUUUUCUGUAAGGGUUAUUGAAAAUGUUGGAAAAAUAGAGAUUGUCCUACAAAAGAAAGAAAAUAUUUCUUGGAAAUGUCUUGGUGAUCCCCUGGAGAAACACGAUUCCUUUAUUCCAAAGAAAGAUACAGGCUUGUACUACAGACAGUGCCAGUUAAUUUCUAAGGAAUAUGUCACUCAUGACACGAGACUUUUCUGUCUGAUGCUGCCUCCAAGUACUCACCUUCAGGUGCCAGUUGGACAACAUGUUUACCUCAAGCUCAGUGUCACAGGUGCAGAAAUAGUAAAGCCAUAUACACCCGUGUCUGAUUCCUUACUCUCAGAUUUUAAAGAACCAGUUCUUUCCCCAAAUAAAUACAUCUACUUUUUGAUCAAAAUCUAUCCUGCUGGACUCUUCACACCAGAGCUUGAUUGUCUUCAGAUUGGAGAUUUUAUUUCUGUAAGCGGUCCUGAGGGCAAUUUUAAAGUGUCCAAACUCCAGGAAGUAGAAGAUCUCUUUUUAUUGGCAGCCGGCACAGGCUUCACACCAAUGGUCACUGUACUGAAUUAUGCUCUGUCUCGAAUGUCCAGUCUCAGGAAGGUGAAGUUGAUGUUCUUCAAUAAAACAGAGGAUGAUAUAAUUUGGAGAUGUCAGCUAGAGAAGUUGGCAUUAGAAGAUAAAAGAUUUGAUGUUGAAUUUGUUCUCUCAGCACCUUCUCCAGAAUGGAAUGGCAAACAGGGACACGUGUCACGAGCUCUUCUCUCUGAUUUUUUGCAAAGGAGUUUAGAAAACUCUAGGGCCUUCCUUUGUAUCUGUGGACCAACACCAUUUACAGACGAGGGGAUAAGGUUGCUGCAUGAUCUUAACUUUUCCAAUGAUGAGAUUCACGGUUUCACAGCUUAAGAAAAUAUUCAACUAGUUUAUAUUUGUGAUUGCCUAGGAGUUUUUAAAAGAGUUUUUGUAUGUACGGAAGGCUUCGCUUUCUGGAAUGAAGUCAUGUGUCUUCAGUACAAGUAACUUCUUGGUUUAAUUUUGUACCAUGACUUAUUUUACUGCUGACCCUGACCUGGAGGGUCAGUCAUGGCAGCAGGUGCAUACGGGAACCUUUGUUAUGAACUGCAAGUUUCCUGACCACUGAAAUUGUAUCACCUUUCUGCAGUUAAACACUUGUAUUUUAUGACAUGAUAAACUAAGCAAUCAUUUUGAUCACUUUUUAUGCUGCAAGAUCAUCUUCUGAGCAAUAUGUAUUAAAUGUUACUCUGCACUGUUCACUCAGGAAUUGAUGGUGUAUGUCCUUAUUAGUCUUAAAACUUGGAAUGCUGUAACUAUUGGUAGUCCAGUUUUGUGAACUGGACAGAUAGAAUAAAACUAUACUUCCAUACUUUUUACUCCCUGUGGUGGACGUGUGGCUGAAGGUAACAAGUACAGUGGUUGUCUUAAAGGGAGUUUUAGUUACAUACUAACUAUUGUUUGAGUCUCACUUUAUAGCUUUUGUUGACUGAAAUUAGCUAUGUAUACCAGGCUGACCUAAAAUUCCUGCUUCUGCUUUUGGGGGCUGGGAUUACAGGUGUGUGCUACCAUACCUGAGCUUAAAGGAAAUUUUAAAGAUACCAGCAGAGUUCAAUUUCCAAUCCCCAGAGGGUGGAAGAAGAGAACUGACUGUGUAAGAUAUUCUCGAUGUGCACACUGUGGCAGUGCACCAACACACGAACACGGGCGCUAAAGAAAUAUAAUCUCUAAAAUUUUUACGAUACCAAUAAAAAAUAUUAGAAGUUCUUCACACUUGCAGAUUGGGACUAGGUGUGUUUAAAGAGCUUAAAAGAACACUAACAACUAUCAGCCCAGACCAAAGUGUUAGCAAAGAUUGAAGUAUGGCAUCCAGCCCAUGGCCUGAGAUAAUAAUCCUUCUGCAGACCUUUCCACCCCAGCUGGGAAGAGAGGGACAUUCUGUCCUGAAGGUUCCUUUCCAGGCUGGCUGCUUCCCUAGCAGCAGAUCAGUGGGGAGCUCUGGUGUAGGCAGCCUUCAAAUCCCUUUAAACCUAGAGUUCAGCAGAUCUCCCAGAGCUUUUCUGAAGGACAUGUUAAUUGCAUAGGUUGCUGGAGUACUCACAGGAUUAGUCUGUCCUAAUCCAUCCAACAGCAGUGUUUACACAGAGAGUGGGGAGGAGUCCACGAAUGGUUUUAUAAAUAACUGCCACAUCUGAAUGAAUGGCCUGGCUUUAGCACUUCCCAAAGGACCAGCACCCAGCUUCUGAAGCUCUGCUGUCAAAUGGCUGCUUGAACACCCAAUAUUCCUGGGUCUCCCUUUUCUGACGUGGGACUCUAGCUGCCCAGCUGCACCCUGAUGCUCACAGGGACUUCAGCUACAUGCUCCCCUGCCAUCUUUUUCCACUGGGAGGAGGUGUGUCUUUUUAAUUAUUUUCAUUAAUUCAUAGGCAAUAUGUUGAUUAACUUACAUGAAUAGCUUUCUUUUUUUGUCUUUUUAAGCCUUUUUCUUUCUCCUCCAGUACUGUUCUAGUUACUUCAAGCAAAAAGCUUCCCUCUGUCCUUAUAUCUCUUCUUUGCUCCUCCUUUGUAUUUGAAAGCAAAAGAAAACCCAGAAGCACCCUUUGGAUAAUUUCUGUAUGCACAUAGUAGUUUACAUAGUAGUUCCCAAGUUGCAGUCUAAUUUGAGAAUUAGUCCAGGGUCAGAUUUUGAUGACUAUUAUAGAUUUUUGCCUACUUGUUUAUUGGAUAAUUUGUU